AACUUGAAUCCAACAAAUGCUUAGAAAAUCAAGUUUAUCCGCUUGAAUUAAGAUUUGUUGCUUAUUGAAACUAUUUUGGUUGGUUAAAAGUUAAAACCUUUCACCAAAUCAACAUUAACAGAAAAAAAUAAUCAAUUGCUUCCCCAUUUUUCUAAAAUAACGCUUUCCAAAGUUGCAUUAUUUUUCUCGGAACUGAAAAAAGGGGAAAAAACGCGGGAAAACGCUCGUCUUUUUAAACGGAUUGAAGGAAUGUUCAUAUGAAUUUUCUUCCUCGCCAAAACCCUAAUAUCGAUGACAAUGAAGCAAUCCAGCAUGGAGAAGAAGAAGCUCAAGAGCAUCAACGAUCUCUUUCCUCCGGAACUGAUACGAGCAAUCUUACUGAGGAUUCCCAUCAAACACCUUGUGUGCGUGAGGUGCGUUUCCAAGCUAUGGAACACUCUCAUCUCCGAUCCCAAUUUCGCAAAAUCCCAUCUUGAUCACUCUCUCGCACCCUCCCAUAGAUGCCUCUUCCUCCAAGGCAAUUCUCACGCUUCCUCCGUUGACCUCGACGCACUGCUUCAAGAUGAUAAUGAUGGCGUUGAUGCAAUAGCCAUCUCUCUCCCUUUCAAGAUGAUAAACCUUCUGAUGAUUUCUGUCUUGUUGGUUCCUGCAGAGGGUUCGUACUCUUACACUGCGAACCACAGUUUUUUAUCCUGUGGAACCCACUCACUGAUUCCAGCAAAAGAGUUUCAUACUCUCAUAUGGUUAAUGCCGCAACAAGCUAUGAACACUUCUCCGUUCGCCGUGAAGCGCUUCUAUAUGGCUUUGGUUAUGAUGGGUCACAAGAUGAUUAUGUAGUAAUUGUAGCAUAUAAGGGUAAAGACGGCGAAAACCAUUUUGAUCUGUGUUGUUUCAGAAGCAAUUCAUGGGUUAAUCUUGAUGCUGCACUUCCCAAAUUACUGGACCGGGAUAAUUUAAAAUCUAAGGGGUUGUUCUGUAACGGGGCUAUUCAUUGGUCUACUCAUGAGUACGGUUUUCACAUUGCUCCUAUCCAAGUAUCGCCGUACUACGAGGCUGCCUAGCCUUGUAUUAUAACAAUGGUGAUCUUGUAUGCUCUAAGUUUAAGCCACUGUGCUUAUCUGCUAAUGGAAGUAUUAUUGGAAGAUCUUAUCCUUGGGAGGGUGAAGUAGAGUUCUAUAUAUAUAAUGUCAGAGGAGAGCUGCUCAAACAUGUUCAAUAUAUUUAUGGUGAGCCUACCAGCUACACAAGGUCCAUUGUGCAUGUGUUCUGUCCCUUGGCACUCCCUAGCAACAUCAAGCAGAACAAGAGGAAGAAGGGUUGUAACGUGUGCUUUACACCAUUUUGUUGCUGUUAAUUUUGCUUGUGUUAUGAUUGAUUGAAACGAAAUGAGCUUGAUGGAUUUUGCACUAAGUUGCAACCAAAUGUGAGUUUUGACCAUUGAUGGUGAAUUUGAAGUCCAUUAAACCAUGUCUUGCUUCUUAUUGUCACGUCUCCCAUUGAGGUUCUUUGAGAUUAAAAUUAUCUCUGUUUUUCAUGUCUAAUGAGGUCAAAGUGUCAAACCAAAGAGGUCAAACAAGGGAAGGAAAUUAGGAGUAAAUACAGGAACAACUUGGACACUUUGAUU